CUCAAAAGCAGAGAGCAGCACUGCGCAUCGCCAGAGCCGCGGCUGGGGGCAGAGUGCAGCCCCCAUGGAUAGCGAGCAUGCCACCGUCAGCCCAUUAGACGACGGCCGGCCCGCGCCAUGGCUACCGAUCCCGUCGCGCGCAAUAUCCGUCGUCGAGCACCCCUGCAUCAUCAAGAACGUCGACAAAGGCAUCGCCUCGCUCGGAGGCCCCGUCAAACUGAGCAAGGGCCUGAGGUUGAAGCUGGAGCCGCGACGCAACGCAGACGGCGAGAGCGAGCUGCCGAAACUCAUAUCAGCGUCUCUCCGGCCGGACGACCCCUUCGCCAAGCGUUUGCUCUCCACGCCUGUGCCCACCAGCAACCUGCUUCUAAAGGUGACGGUGCCCAAGCGGACGGGCCGCAAACGGAAGCGUGGCUCCUCAGGCCCGUUCUUAGCCGUCCACGACGUGGAGAAGAGGCCUGCUCCAGAGCCUACGAAGAACGCAUACGUGGACGCAGCAGCCAUCUUCCGCAGUUUGCAAGACAAUGCGUCCAAGUAUGCCGUCUCCGUGGCCGGGGUCAUCGAUGAGACGCAUCGCUUCCGAAAUCUACCCGAUAUCCAGUAUGCUUCGUCUACGAGCGCCACCAUGGCCAAUAUUAGGGACAGCCUGAUGCCGCUCGACUACAAUCGGUUGAAGAAUUUCAACCUCAACACAGCCCCCGGGGCGGACCUAACCAAGGAUGUUGGGCCACCCGCCGAGUUCCUUCAAAUGCUUGUAGCCUUUAAUUACCGGUACCAGCAGAAUCCACAUGUCAAGUACACGGACGAUGACCGCGGCGAGGUCAACCUGCAGAGGAGCCUGGCCUACAGCGGCUACACUAUCAUAAAGUCCACCGCUGAAACCGUUCCCAUGAGACCAAAGCCGAACUUACCUCCAGAGACGAGCCUCACUCCCUACCUGCAAGCCUUGAUCGCCAAUAUCAGAGCCGAGCUUGAACGCCGGCCUAUCAUCACCCGCCACAUGCUGUUCAACAGACUUGGUUGGGACAAACGGGAUCGGAUGAGGCAAGCCGCAGUCUACUGUGGCUAUUUCUUCGAGAGCGGGCCUUGGCGGGAGGCACUUGUCAAAUGGGGUCUCGAUCCGCGCAAGAACCCAGCUUAUCGAAAGUACCAGACCGUUUCGUUUCUGUCAUACCUCAAGACGGGGCGACCAAAGCAUUGGGCCGGCUAUGACAAGCAUAUUCGGCAUUUGACCCGCAUGUCGACAAAGGAGCUGGAGACGCAGCAUACGUUCGACGGCGUAAACGUCUCUCAUACGGGCAAUCUCUUCCAGUUCUGCGACAUCACCGAUCCGAUCAUCCGUCGCAUUCUAGACACGGAGGAUAUCCGCACAACGUGCGCUCCAACAUUUCAAGGAUGGUAUCAUGUGGGCACCUGGGCGAAGGCAACCGUCAUCCUAAAGGAUAAAAUGAAUAAGAUCCUUGGCGGCGAGACACCAGACAACUCCAUCUACGAGCGUGUCGCUUCGUGGCCGGAAAAUUGGGACGACAAGGAAAUCUACAAAACCUACAAAGAAGAAGUCUACAAUAAACAAAUCCACAUCAAGAAGGCGAAAGAGCAUGCAGUCAUGCAUAGCGUCCGGUGGGCAGCAAGGAAUCCAAAGUAUGCAUUCGAGAAAUUGGAGGCGCUGGCGGCACAGGGAGCCGAGCAGGAAGAGGCAGCGAACCCAGAAGAGGAAGAAUUCGAAGUACCUGAAGAUAUGACGGAGAUACCCGAUACGGCUGCGACGAUUCUGAAUGAAGGUGACGAAGACGCUGUGGAAGAAGAUUACGAUGAGGACGAGGGCGACGACGAGGACGAACAGGAUGAGGAUAUGGAUGGUAUCUGGGCAGCAGACGAGGACUACGAUAGCGAUGCAUUCGAUCCUCCACCAGAGGAAGGCGCCGAGGGUCCUCGCCCUUUUGGUGGUCUCUACCGAUUGUAAUGGAGCAAAUAGAGUUACAUUAUAAUAAUAUGCCACACUCC